CGGUAGUUUUUUCAGCAGUGGGCGGGAGCUAAUAAGAGAAAGUGAAACCCAGCAGCAGGAACAUGAGGGAAGGAUGAUGAAGCUAAAAUGAUCGAGGUUUAAGAGAAAAGAAAAGUCCCAACAUUUAAGAUUCAGCCAUAUUCUGAUAGCGUGGCAUCUGGACAAAUCAUCCCGGCAGGAAUUCAACACUCACAUCCUUCAUUGCUCCUCAUGUUUGGGAUGUGACCAAGUUCAAUACAAGCUGUCAGCCUGUCACACGGUUAGCUUUAAAAAAAAAACAAAUCUGUGGUUGAAGGACAUUUCCUCUACAAUGGUCCUAGUUAGGAUAUUAUUGCUGUCUCUAUUCCACAUGUCUCUGGCUGGGUCUCAGCCUACCCAGCGUUCACAACAGGCAUCAAGCCCUCCUCACCCUGCAGGAGAACAGUCUACUUUGGGUACUGGUAAUCUGUCUUUCCCUUGGAGCCGUCUUCGUCUGCCAAGGUACAUCAUUCCUCUUCACUACCAUCUCCUCCUGCACCCCAACCUCACAAGUCUCAGUUUCACUGGCUCAGUACAGAUCCAGAUUGAUGUCCAGAACAAUACAAACUGGGUUGUAUUACACAGCAAGGGUCUGCAGAUCUCCAAGGCCACCAUAGUGGACCAGAACCUUGCUCAUCUGUCUGACCAGGUUCUCCCAGUUCUUCAUAACCCUUCCCAUGAUCAGAUUGGCAUUUUCUCUCCCAGGGUGCUCAGCAGUGGGCAAAAGUACUUUCUGUAUAUUGAGUUUGGGGCAGAACUUGCCGACGGUUUCUAUGGCUUCUAUAGGAGCAACUACAGAACCAGCACCGGAGAGACCAGAACCUUAGCUUCAACUCACUUUGAGCCCACGAGUGCUCGGAUGGCAUUCCCUUGUUUUGAUGAGCCGAGCUUCAAAGCCAACUUCUCCGUACGGAUCAGGAGGAGUCCAGAGUACAUUUCCCUUUCCAAUAUGCCUGUAGUCAAGACAGUUGAAAUAAACGAUGGCCUGCUUGAAGACCAGUUUGAUGCAAGUGUAAAGAUGAGCACAUACCUCGUAGCUUUUGUCAUCUGUGACUUUAAAUCUGUCACUGCAACAACCUCUUCUGGGGUGCAGGUGUCCAUCUAUGCCGCCCCUGAGAAAUGGCUGCAAACCAGCUACGCCCUGGAGGUUGCUGUCAAAAUGCUAGACUUUUACGAGGAGUAUUUCAACAUUCGCUAUCCUCUACCCAAACAAGAUCUGAUAGCUAUCCCAGACUUCCAGUCUGGUGCAAUGGAGAACUGGGGUCUGACCACCUACAGAGAGACUAGCCUUCUCUUUGAUCCCCUCACAUCCUCCAUUUCUGAUAAACUCUGGGUCACUAUGGUGAUCGGCCAUGAGCUCGCCCAUCAGUGGUUUGGUAACUUGGUGACCAUGGAGUGGUGGAACGAUAUUUGGCUGAAUGAAGGAUUUGCCAGAUACAUGGAGUACAUUUCAGUCGAGGCCACCUACCCCGACCUCAAAGUGGAGGAAUAUCUUCUGCACACUUGUUUUUCAGCAGUUGGUCAUGAUUCGUUGAACUCUUCCCGGCCAAUAUCCAGCCCAGCAGAGAACCCCACUCAGAUCAAACAGAUGUUUGACACAGUCUCCUAUGACAAAGGAGCAUGUGUCCUGCACAUGCUGCGACACUUUCUGACAGAUGAUGUCUUCCAGCGGGGGAUAGUACGAUACCUCCGCAAAUACAGCUACAGAAAUGCACACAACCAGGACCUGUGGGACAGCCUAGCCAAUACAUGCUCCGAGGAGGACUUCAUCUCAGGAAAACAUUGUUACAGCAAAAGCCAGGCCUCCAAGAAUGCAUACCUGUUUGCAGGGGAACACUUGGACCUGACAGCCAUGAUGAACACUUGGACUCUGCAGAAAGGUAUUCCUCUGGUAACUGUAACUAGGAAGGGGCCUCGUCUGCUGCUUAGACAGGACCGCUUUCUGAGGACAGUGCUGCCUUCUGACACUCUCUGGUCCACAUUGCAACAGGGAUUCCUGUGGCAUAUCCCUCUGACAUUCAAGACAGAUGCUUCCAACACCAUCCACAGACACCUGAUGACAACACACACAGACAGUAUACAUAUAGGAGAGGAAGUCAGCUGGGUGAAAGUAAACACUGACAUGACAGGCUAUUAUGUGGUUCAUUACGAGAACGGUGGUUGGGACGAGAUGGCAAAACUAUUGAGGGAAAACCACACUGCUCUGAGCUACAAAGACAGGACUCACUUGAUACACAACGUCUUUCAAUUGGUCACGGCAGGUCAUCUGCCGCUCAAUAAAGGCUUAGACCUGAUUGGUUACCUGCAAUCGGAGACACACAAUGUGCCUCUCCUCGAAGGACUGGGCUAUCUAGAGGCCUUCUACCGGAUGAUUGAGAAAAGGAAUGAGUUUGAUGUAACAAGCAGCCUUGGGAUGUACAUCCUGCGAUUUUUCCGUGCGGUCAUUGACCAGCAGACAUGGAGCGACAAGGGCUCUGUGUCCGAGCGACGGCUGAGGUCAGAGGUCCUGUCACUGGCUUGCCACCUGAAUGACCCUCCCUGUCUGGAAAAGGCACAUCAGAGCUUCAAAGACUGGCUUCAGUCCAACGGUACACUCAACUUGCCAACUGACGUGGCAAAGACAGUGUUUGCAGUUGGAGCUCAGGAUGACCACGGCUGGGCUUCACUCUUACAUACAUACAACAUCUCCCUCUCUGCAGCACAAAAAAGCAAAAUUCUGUUUGCCUUGACCUGCAGCAGAGACACAAACAAACUACACAGACUGCUGGAGUUGGGUCUUGAAGGUAAGGUGAUUCGAUCCCAGGACCUGUCCACUCUCAUUCUGAUGGUGGCCAGAAACCCACGAGGACAUCACCUCGCCUGGAACUUUGUCAAAAAGAACUGGGACACGCUAGUUCAAAAGUUCCAGUUGGGCUCAUUUUGUAUUAGAAACAUCAUCAUUGGCACCACAGGCCAGUUUUCAUCUCCAGAGGAGCUCACUGAAGUGCAGUUGUUCUUUGAGUCCAUCAAAGAGCAGGCAUCUCAGCUGAGAGCUACUCAGGUUGCCCUGGACAACGUGCAGAAAAAUGUUCGCUGGUUUGAGAGAAACCUAGAGAAUCUGAGAAACUGGCUGAACAAGCAAAUGAAGUGAAAGACAGCAGAAAGAGAGGUGGUGGUUGACAGAUGCCACAAGGAAAUAUUUGAAAUUUUGAAUUUGUGUUUUUAUUUGCUAAUUGUAAUGUUCUCAUUAUCACUGACGUGUUGAAAGUUUUGUAUAUUAAAUAGUGUUUUGUAAAUUU